UAAGCCACUACAACAACUACUAGCUCAAGAGCUACAUAGGCAUGUAUCCUAAGGAUGUUAGAAUUCCGUCUUCGAUCUUCUUCAUCUUCGCACUCUUCCUCCUACUUUCGUGUUGCAUGGCUCGGUCGGUAAACUUCGCACGUGACUUCCACGUGACGUGGGCUGACUCCCAUGUCACCACCGUCGAUGGAGGCUCCACCGUCGAACUCUCCCUCGACCAAUCCUCGGGAUGUGGAUUUGCCUCGAGGAACAAGUUCAUGUUUGGCCACGUCAGCAUGAAGAUCAAGCUCAUCUCAGGCGACUCUGCCGGCACCGUCACAGCAUUUUAUUUGAGUUCAGAGACAGGGGGAGUUAGGGAUGAGGUUGACUUUGAGUUCUUAGGGAACAGGUCGGGUCAACCCUACACAGUGCAGACCAAUGUUUAUGCUCAUGGCAAAGGGGACAGAGAGCAAAGAGUCAACCUUUGGUUUGACCCUUCAAAAGAUUUUCACACUUAUUCCAUUCUAUGGAAUCAUCACCACAUUGUGUUUUUUGUCGAUGCAAUUCCCAUAAGAGUCUACAAGAACAACGAAGCUAGAGGGGUUCUUUACCCCAACUCGCAACCCAUGGGCGUCUAUUCCACUCUUUGGAAUGCUGAUGAUUGGGCGACGCGCGGCGGCCUUGAGAAGACGAAUUGGGCUGCGGGCCCAUUUAAGGCCUACUACAAAGACUUUGACAUCGAGGCUUGCGCCACCGACCCCGUGCUUGGCACGUGCAUUAGCUCUCGCACCGUCAUCACUAGUUGGUGGGAGGCACCUUCAUACCGGCAAUUGAGUGGGGUCCAAGCUCGAGCCUAUCGUUGGGUGCGGUUGAACCACAUGAUUUAUGACUAUUGCAAGGAUCAGGCUCGAUUCCCGGUCGUUCCAAAAGAGUGUAUCGUCGGUUAUUGAACAACUAUUUGAUUUGUGAUUUUCUUGGUAAAGGGUUAUGAGUACUUUGUAACAA